AUGAAACAUCUGGAUGAAAUUCGCUUAAUCCUUAGCAAUAACGCCCUUGACAUUCUUGCAAUUAAUGAGUCCAAAAUUGAUAAUCAGAUUUCAAAUAAUGAGAUACAUAUUGAUGGUUUUAAUAUAAUUCGUAAAGAUCGAAAUAGGUUUGGUGGUGGUGUGGUUCUAUAUGUUCGCCAAAACAUAUCAUUCUCAGAUAGAAUAGAUCUAAUCCCUGAUGAACUUGAGAUGGUCUGCAUUGAAUUAAGUUUACCCUACAAUAAAUCACUGCUAAUAAGCACAUGGUAUAGACCACCAAAUUCUCUUAUGAAUAUAUUUGAUUACUGGGCAAGUUUUUUAGCAAAAUGUGAUAAUGAAGAUAAGAAGCUAAUCCUCAUAGGAGAUCUAAAUUGUGAUGUCAGUAAAACUAUACCUGACCCUCGCACAU